AUGCUAAACAAAACUGCGAUUCCCCCUUUGCGUCCCUCCUUAUCCUCGCCCCUGCCCCUACCCGCCGCCUUCCCCUCACGAACCUACAAAAAACACGCCUUUGACAACUGUUCAAACCCAAUUGACAAUGGAAAUACUGUCAACAUUCUCUAUCGGUGUUCAUUCAGAGAUCCUAUCAAUACGGCGGUGCCUAAGGGCGUGAAUCUUUCUGAGAUGAAUAUUUGGUUGCCACAGAUGCCAGUCACUAAUCGCUCCUUUGCCGCCACCGCUUCCACCUCGCUGGCCUUCAGACGCGCUCGGCUGCCAUCAGUGGCACGACAACCCCGCGGCCCCGCCAAGCGAUCGGCGGGUCGAGUGGAGGGUGAGACGUUCACCCUGCUGAUAAACGAGUUUGCCUGGUCAACGGGAACGCCAAGCUUCCAGAAAGAUCGACCCGUUUACUUCACAGGUUGGCCUAAGCACUCAUUCACACUGACUGUUGAACCUGCAAAACUGGCAUUAUAG